GAGCAGCUGCUGAAGCAGGCGCGGUGCUGGUGCACUGCUGGCGAAGCGGUCGUCGACGGUGCCGUCGACGUCGUCCUUGGCAGAAGUUCUCUAUGCAACAUCUAUUGCAGAAUUUCAUUCUCAGUUUCAUCGGCGUCAGCUUCAUCACCAAGAGGACGGACUCCGGAAGGCAGCCUCAUCCUAAGGCGCCAGGACCGUUGCUGACCAUACGAUUGGUAGCCUUGGACAGAAGAGGGCCAGCAACAAACAGAAGCAACCACUGUCCUGUCCAGAACAUGGAUCAGCUUUGGUGGCAUCCGAUGCUGCCAGACCACGGGGUUAGAGCAGAGGAAGCUGACAUGGUGUUCGACAUUCAGAUGGUCAUUGUGAUCGACCAGAUGCGGCGCCUCAUGUCACCCCGAGCCUCCAGGGCUUGUUAGCGGUGCUCAUAAAGUAAGAAUAUGCUUGCAAGUGCUCGUUUCCCAUAUGCUUGCCCAUUCCUGUCUCGCAUCAAGCUUUCAUUUAUUUCCCUAAAAUUCCUCUAAUUUG